CGGGCCCCGCGGGACCAUGGCCGCCAUUCGGGUGUAUUACACCAGCGUGACGGGUUCCAGGGAGGUGAAGCAGAGGCAGUCUGAGGUUCUUCGUAUCCUGGAUGGAAACCGCAUGAAGUACCAGCUGGUGGAUGUCUCCCUCAGUGAAUGUUUGCUGCAAGAGAUGAGGGACAAAGUUGGCAGAGCUGAUGCAGUCCCACCCCAGAUUUUUAAUGGAGACGAGUAUUGCGGGGACUUUGAGAUGCUGUAUGAAGCAACUGAAAAUGAAGAAGUUAAGAAAUUCCUUAAGGUAGCAGCUGUGGAUAGAGUGGCAAAAAACGUGGCAACGAUUUGAAGAGGUUGCUUUACAUAGGUGUUCAAUGCUUAAAAGCAUUUUUUUUUAAAAAAAAAACACGUUUAAAUAAAACAGGAAUUUUGUAUGUCAGAGAAAUUCAGCUCCCUAUGAAAGACAUGGGACUUGCAAAAAAUAGUGUCCGCUCUAUCAGCUUUUUGUACAAGGUUUACUAUGAGGACAGGGCAGUAACACCUUCCUCUGAUAGCAGAACACGAAAAGUGAGCCACCACUUUGUAGUAGGUGGGUGGACACACAAUUAAACACUUACUUGAAAUCUCUCCUACCAGAUAGAAAGAUUUUGACUCAUUUAGAACGCCAGUGUGUGAAAGACCAAAUGAAAUCUUAACUAGCUUUUGAAGUUGUGGCUUUGGAUACGAUAUUAUCUGGAUGAAUACAAUAAUAAAGUGAAGUUACUCAGA